AUGCAAUGCAUUCCUGUUCAAAUUGAUGAACCAUUCGAUGAUGAACCAAAAGCAGCAAACUUACCAUUUUCAAAGACAGUCAUGUUUAAAAGAAGCGAUGGAAAAGAAAUUGAUCUAUUAGCGAUUACAGCUACUGAUAUGACAAAACCAACUUUAUAUGUGACAACAAUGAUGAAUUCAGUGUUUAUUGAUUACGAUGAUCUGCAAGGCUUGGAUCAAUACAAUGCUGAUAAUGAUGAACGAGUCAUAAUCAUGCGAGGUAAGAUAAAUUUACUCCCCCAACGAGCCACACACUUUAGCUACCUUUUCACGGGGAGUUUAUCUAUGUAAGAAUAUCAAUCUCGCACUGUAACCCCUUGCGAGAUUUGGUCCUGCUAAAAACGAUUUUCGUCCGGAGCCUUUUUUCUUCCUUACUUUUAACGUAAGAAACCAAAUCCUCUCCUAUUCCCUACUCUUAAUGGUUAAUUCAAGAGUGAACGCUCUUUUUUUUCUAUUUUUAGAAGCGGUUCGAACAAAAUUCAGAUAUGAUGAUGAAACAAUGAACAUGCACUGGACAGCAAUACAUGAUUCUAUAUUGAGCAAGCGUAGAAGACCAAAACCC